GGGCGCACAAAUACCCACUUCACCGUGCUUCAGACAUAAAGGACCUGCUCCCGCAUGGAGGACCUCCUGCUCCGAGGACUGCAAUUCGUGUGUGUGUGUGUGUGCGUGAUUUGCAUAUAUGCAGGCCAAGUCGAGCAGCAGCCGCAGCAACAACAAGUGCAACCAAAACAAAGAUGCUGCGCUCCUGACACUGAAACCCGCACAAGGCCAAUCGACGAAAUCAGGCCACGCACACGAAUCCCGACACGGUGGCGGUGGCGAUGGCGAUGACGAUGGCGAUGGCGAUGUAGAUGACGUAGCGUUGCGAUGCGAUGCCCCCGGCAAUCAGCCUGCCACAGCCUACUACAGAAGGCUGGCUUUCCCAGACCCGGAGACAUUGCCACUCCCACUCGUACUCCCGAACAUAUCCCAAACCCAGAAGCAGAGGUAACUGCACUCAGUCCAACACGGUGAACAAAUGCUAGCAAACAAUUUUCGGAAUAUCAUCACUCAAAUUAAAGUGUAGUUUCUAUUAAAUAAAAUAAAUAGAUUUUGUAUAUCUAUUUAUAAUAAAAAUUUUUU